AUGGCCACGCCGAUCGCACCGAUGGCCGUGAUGAUGGCGAUGCUGGUGAUGGUCGCGGCGUCCACUGCGCAGGACGGCCAUCACGCACCUGACCCUCACCACCACCACCACCAUGCCGCGGCGCCGGGUCCUCAUAACUGCCUGGCACCGGCGCCAGGUCUUCAUCACGGACAUCACCGCCAUCACCCUCACCCCCCUCACGCCCCGGCGCCCGUUCCUAUUCAUGGGAGCCAGCCGACCGGAGCUCCUAGUCCCGACAACCAUGGCGGGCUCAACUCUCCAGCACCGGCACCAGUUGAUGUCGACCAUCUGGGCAACGCUCCGGUGCCUGGCAACCAGUCUGCCAGCGCGCCGAGCCCGUACACCAAUGGCGUCCACGACGCUCCGGCUCCGGCUCCUGCAAGCCAGGAGGUGCUUUGCGCUCCGACUCCGUACCAACAUGGCGGCCACGACGACGCUCCAGCGCCAACGCCAACUCCAGUUCACGGCAACCAGCCGGCCAGCGCUCCUAGUCCGUACCACCAUGGCCAACACAACUCUCCAGCGCCGGCGCCGGUUCAUGACAACCAACCGGCCAGCGCUCCUAGUCCGUACCACCAUGGCGAACACAACUCUCCAGCGCCGGAGCCGGUUCAUGACAACCAACCGGCCAGCGCACCGGCUCUAGACAACCAAGGCGGCAACAACGCUCCAGCGCCGGCGCCGGUCCAUGCCGAACAGCCGGCCAUAGCUCCAAGCCCGCUUCUCCAAGGACACGACGCUCCGACUCCGUCUCCGGCGACAGUUGCCCCAGCGCCGCACCGCGACCACGCUCCGUCGCAAGGGAAGCCACCAGCCCACGCCCCGGCUCACGUUGGUGAAGAGCCCCCCCAGCCGAGUGGUUUCGCGCAACCCCCGGCUUCUGAUCCGCGCUACUACUACCCCUCGUCCGCCCCCGCGCCGUCUCCAGAAAGCUCUGCUGCUCCUGUCGCCGUCGCUGGUCGAUCAUCGACGCUGCUCGCCGGCGUGGUUGGCGUGUUCUUGUGCGCAUCCGUGCUUGUUCUAUAG